GACAAACCAGUAGCACAGAUCUACCUUGAAGAUUUAAAACCUCACUUUGCCGGAUUUAUUGCUGAGGCCAUUAACUGCUGUGCCCAACUACAAAAACUAAUGAGACCAUUAAGGGGAAAACUAAGAUUAAAGCUCUGACAAUGAAGCCCUUUACUGCAUAUCCUUCUGGGUUUAUCGUAUUCCUGUUUACCUUGCUGCAGAGGAGCCACGGACAAUGCAAAGAAGCAGCUAAAAAAUCAGAGAUGAAUUUCAGUGUAAAAUAUGAUCUUCCUAACUUCAUCGCAGAAACACCAAUUCAGAAUGUAGUUUUAUACAAGCAUCAUGUUUAUGUUGGAGCAGUCAACAAGAUUUAUGUACUAAAUGAAACUCUCCAGAACAUUUCUGUGUACAAGACUGGACCUGUUUUGGAGAACCCUGACUGUGUGCCAUGUGAAGACUGCAGAGAUAAAGCCAAUUUAUCUAACAGUGUAUGGAAGGAUAAUGUCAACAUGGCACUGCUCUUAGAAACUUAUUAUGAUGAUCAGCUCAUCAGCUGUGGUAGCGUGUCCGGAGGCAUCUGCCACCGUCACAUCAUUCACCCUGACAACCCUGCUGACAUUGAAAGCGAGGUGCACUGCAUGUACUCACCUCGGGUAGAUGGAGAAGCAGAUAAUUGUCCUGACUGUGUUGUAAGCCCUUUAGGAACCAAAGUUUUGGUGACCGAAAAGGACAGGUUUGUCAACUUCUUUGUUGGAAAUACUGUGACAUCUACAUUUCAACCUCCCUAUGUGCUGCAUUCUAUAUCAGUUAGAAGGUUAAAAGAAACACAGGAUGGUUUUGAAUUUCUCACAGAUCAGUCUUAUAUAGAUAUCCUUCCUCAGUUUCGUGACUCGUAUCCCAUUAGGUACGUCCAUGCCUUUGAAAAUGAUCACUUUGUGUAUUUUCUGACUGUACAGAGAGAAACUCUUGACUCACAAGCUUUUCACACUAGAAUUAUCCGCUUCUGCACUUUAGACUCAGAGAUGCGUUCUUACAUGGAAAUGCCUCUUGAGUGCAUUUUUACUGAAAAGCGAAGAAAGAGGUCCAUCCGAAAGGAGGUAUUCAACAUUUUGCAAGCUGCCUAUGUAAGCAAGCCUGGUGCAGCUUUAGCCCAUGAAAUGGGCCUUGGGUUGAACGAUGAUAUUCUCUAUGGUGUUUUUGCACAAAGCAAACCAGACUCUUCUGAACCAACUAAGAGAUCUGCUGUCUGCGCUGUCUCUGUGCGAACCAUCAAUGAGUUCUUCAACAAGAUUGUUGACAAGCAGAACAUGAAAUGUCUCCAUCACUUUUACGGGAAGGAGAGCAAAUACUGCUUGAACAGGGCUUUUUCAAGAAAUGCUUCAUACUGCAGAGCACAAGAUGAUGAAUAUCGCUUAGAAGUUACGACUCCUCUGCAGAGGGUUGACUUGUUCAUGGGCCAGUUCAACAGUGUCCUGCUGACUUCGAUAUCUGUCUUCACCAAACAGAACCUUACCAUUGCUAAUCUGGGAACUUCAGAGGGCCGCUUCAUGCAGAUAGUGGUUUCCCGUUCAGAACCCACAGCUCCACAUGUCAGCUUUCAGCUAGACUCCCACCCUGUCUCUCCCCAAGUUGUUGUCAAGAAUUCAUUAGCAGAUGAUGGCUAUACCCUGGUAGUGACUGGGGAAAAGAUAACAAAGAUCCCACUGAAGGGGCCGGGCUGCCAUCACUUCAGGUCCUGCAGCCAGUGCCUGCUGGCACCUGCCUUCAUGCAGUGCGGCUGGUGCAGCCAGCAGUGCCUCAGGUCUCCUGAGUGCCCCAACAGCACCUGGACCCAGGACACCUGCUUGCCUAGGGUUUAUGAGAUUCUCCCAAGCAGUGCCCCCAUAGAAGGUGGGACAAAGCUGACACUGUGUGGAUGGGACUUUGGAUUCAGCAAAAAUAAUAGAUUUGAAUUAAAAAAUACAGUAGUCCAUAUUGGAGGAAAAGUUUGUGCUCUGGAAGCAAAAUCUAGCAACAAAAACAAGCUUGAAUGCACAGUUCCUGCUGCAAAAAGUCCAGGUUUUAAUAUAUCCAGUAGUGUUUCUGUUGGACAUGGCAAAACACUGUUCAAUACAUUUUCGUAUGUGAAUCCUGUAAUAACAAGUAUAUCCCCCACUUAUGGCCCCAAAUCUGGAGGAACAUUGUUAACUGUAGCUGGAAAAUACCUAAGGAGUGGAAAAUCCAUAAGGAUUUUUGUUGGUGAGCAACCAUGCACUUUGAAAAGUCCUCCCAGCAUACUGGCGAGCACUGUGGAGUGCUACACUCCAGCGCAGCAAAUUCCCCAGGAAUAUCGUGUGAGAAUGGAAAUCGAUGGAGCUAUUCGAAACGCGAGCAGCCAUUUCACAUACAGAGAAGACCCUGUUGUUUUAAAAAUUCAUCCGUCCAAAUCUUUUCUUAGUGGUGGAAGUACAAUCACAGCUGAGGGAAUCAACUUGAACUCAGUGUGCUUUCCUCAGAUGGUGAUUACUGUACCUAAACUAGGAAUGAACUUCUCUGUGGCAUGUAGCCACCGCUCUAGCUCAGAGAUAAUCUGCUGUACAACACCUUCACUGAAAGUUUUCAAUCUCCAACCACCCUUUGUAACCAAAGUGUUCUUUAUUUUUGAUGGUGUCAGCUCCCUGUACUUUGAUUUUGAUUAUGUAAAUAAUCCAGUAUUUAAGCAUUUUGAAAAGCCAGUGUUCAUCUCAAGAGGCAACCAAAAUGUUCUGGAAAUUAAGGGAAAUUAUAUUGAUUCAGAAGCUGUUAAAGGAGAGGUGCUAAAAGUUGGAAAUAAAAGCUGCGAAAACCUCCUCCUGCAGUCAGAAUCAAUUCUGUGUACGGUUCCCAGUGAUCUCCUGAAAUCCAACAGUGAGCUAAAUAUAGAGUGGAAGCAAGAAGUUUUAUCAACAGUUAUCGGAAAAGUGCUGAUCCAGCAAGAUCAGAAUUUCACAGGACUAAUUGCUGGAGUACUUUCAACAUCAGUUUUACUUUUUAUCUUUUUGGUGUUUUUUCUCUGGAGAAGGAAGAAGAAACAAAUUAAAGAUCUGGGAAGCGACCUAGUGCGUUAUGAUGGCAGAGUGCACACUCCUCACCUGGACAGGCUGGUGAGCGCAAGGAGUGUAAGUCCAACAACAGAAAUGGUUUCAAGUGAAUCUGUAGACUACAGAUCAACUUUUCUAGAAGAUCAGUUUCCAAGCAUGUCUCAGAAUGGAUCGUGCAGACCUGCCCAGUAUCCUCACUCUGACCUCUCCCCGAUUCUGUCUAGUGGAGACUCAGAUUUAGCCAGUCCACUUCUCCAAACUAACGUCCACAUUGACAUCAGCGCCUUAAAUCCUGACCUGGUCAAAGAGGUGCAGCAUGUGGUUAUUGGUGCUGACAGCCUGAUAGUGCACUUCAGCGAAGUAAUAGGAAGAGGACAUUUUGGGUGUGUGUACCAUGGGACAUUGCUGGAUAACGAUAGCAGGAAAAUUCAUUGUGCUGUGAAGUCACUGAAUAGGAUUACAGAUCUGGAAGAAGUAGCUCAGUUUCUGAAAGAAGGAAUAAUCAUGAAAGAUUUCACUCAUCCCAAUGUGCUGUCACUCCUGGGAAUCUGUUUGCCCAAUGAAGGAUCCCCAUUAGUCGUUCUUCCAUACAUGAAACAUGGAGAUCUUCGAAACUUCAUCAGGAAUGAGACCCAUAAUCCAACAGUAAAAGAUUUAAUUGGAUUUGGCCUUCAGGUGGCAAAAGGAAUGAAAUACCUUGCAAGCAAAAAGUUUGUCCAUAGAGAUUUGGCAGCAAGAAACUGUAUGUUGGAUGAAAAAUUCACUGUCAAGGUUGCUGAUUUUGGUCUUGCUAGAGAUGUCUAUGAUAAAGAAUACUACAGUGUGCACAAUAAAACAGGAGCUAAACUGCCAGUGAAAUGGAUGGCUUUAGAAAGUUUACAAACUCAAAAGUUCACAACAAAGUCAGAUGUGUGGUCCUUUGGUGUGUUGUUAUGGGAACUUAUGACACGAGGGGCACCACCUUAUCCUGAUGUAAAUUCUUUUGAUAUAACUGUUUACUUAUUACAAGGCAGAAGGCUGCUACAACCUGAAUACUGCCCUGAUCCACUGUACGAAGUCAUGCUGAAGUGCUGGCAUCCAAAACCUGAGAUGCGUCCAGCAUUUUCUGAACUUGUUUCAAAUAUAUCAACAAUCUUCUCCACUUUUGUUGGGGAACACUACGUUCAUGUCAAUGCUACUUAUGUCAACGUGAAGUGCAUUGCUCCCUAUCCUUCUCUUUUAUCAUCACAAGACAACAUAGAUAUGGAUGUUGACACAUGACAGGAAUGUCUGAAAUAGAGGAAAAUCCAUUCUUAGUUGUAUGAACAAAAAAGCAAAACAUUUUGUCCACUAAUUUUUACUGCCUGGUCUUUGUGAGAACACUGUUGCACAUGUUUAUGUUGUUGCCCAAGUUGCACUAGUACAAGGACACAGUAUCAUAUUGUUUAAGGCUAUGGGAUUCUAUAAACCAUCACAGUAAUUUCCAAGUAUUUGGACAACUGCAUCAAUUUACUAAAUGGAAAUGUGGUGUACUACCAUACAGAGCUAGUUCCCACAAACUGUCAUUAAUGUGUGCUCAGACCCAAGAACAAAAAUUCAUCAUUAAUGCCAUGAAGGAGAAAGUAGAAUAUCAAUCAUUAUGGCUGGAAGGACUAUUACUGUGCAUGUCUUUUAGGAUGAUGAGCAGUGCAGAAAUGGUUUUCACACAAAAGGCUAAGGCAAACAAUGAAAGUUACAAGAUUUUAAAAUGUAUUUUCCUCCUACAUGGUGCAAACUUUGGAUUUUUACACUACAUCAACAAAGUUUCUAAGAACCUAGGCAGCCAAGAGAGCCAGCCUCAUGGUGUCUUAACAGAAAUCAAAAUCAAGAAAUGGUGUGCAGUAAAAUGAGUAUAGAGAAGUACAAUUGUGUAGGGAGUGGGUGAGGAAGGCCAAGGCAAAACUGGAACUAAACCUGGCAUGGGAGGCAAAGAAUAACAGGAAGGGUUUCUACAGGUAUGUUAAUCACAAACAGAAGGUCAAAGAAGGUGUAACCCUCCUGAUAAACAACGGUGGCAAACAGGUAACAACGGCUCUGAGGAACUUGGUCUAGGUGAAGAUGCCCCCAGCAGGGAGUUUGGAACUAGUUGAUCUUCAACGGCCCCUUCCAACCCAAACCAUUCUAUGAUUUUAUAUCAGUCUUACCAGUCCUCUGGUGUAGUCAGACGGUACAUAAAACAAAGGGACCACCAUGUAGCUUAAAGCAUUCCUAGUGUCAAUGUUACUCCAACGUUCAACUAUUUCAUUCAGUUGAACAGCGUGUAUCAGCAGAUCCCUUUCUGAAAAAUGCAAAGCCUCCAUUUCUUUCAAUAAAGAAUGAAUCACUCUGAGACUAAAAACUUGAAGGCUGCUGUUUGAUGAGUCACUUGACGAGCAGAUGAAGCUCUGCCACCUAACCUUGGGUGGAGCUGCUGCCACAGGUGAGUAAAGAGUGGAGGUGUUGCCACAGCCCUGACCUAAAAAGACACUGCCAUAGCAGGCAUAUUGAUAACUUCUUCAUGCCAUCUCUGAAGAGCGGAGAUGACCGAUCAAUAGAAAUAACUUUAGGCCCCCUUUACCCUCUUCUUGAAUCACACAACCCAGUGAAUUAUGAUACCUCCUUUUAAUUCUAAAUUUUGACCAGAGAAACAAUUUUGAAAAGACAGUAAAUAAAACCAUCAUUCAUUAGGGAAGAGUACUAUAGCUUUAGGGCAAAUAUCACAUGUCAUUUCUGUUCCUGUGGAAUUCUGUGCAUACUACUGUAUAGCUUGUUUAGAAUAGGAUAGAACUGGGUUUGUUGGUGUAAACACAUAAAGUAAUCUAUUUUUAUAUUAAAAAAAGUUUAUUUUUAAUGACAUUUACAAAGUUUGGUUAGGCCACAAAAUGCACUGUGAACAUUUCAGAAAAUGUAAGUCAAUGUACAUGAUUCAUAAAUUGUAGCAACCUUAAAAAAAUACUAUGUAAAUAUUAAAAAGGAAAAGAACUGACUGUAAACACACUCCACCCUAAGUACAAUAUCUCCAUUGCUGCAAGCCAACCAUUUUAAGAUCUUCAAAGAGAGGUAGUGCAGAUAAAGAACAGAUAAGGGGGAUAUAUUCUUCUUGGGAGCCAGUGUUAUAACUGAAGGAUUUAUAAUAAGGGCAGAGUGUGUAGGCAACCUAUGAGCAGAUAAUAUUGUAUUAUGUUUCAUCAUCACUUUCAUUUCAGAAAUGAACUUUCAUGUCUGGUGAGAGAGAUACUAAUUGUAGAUUGCUCAAGGACAAAAGGCUUUGCUGCAGGCAAAAAAAAUCAUCUCUAUGGUUGUUGAAACAGCUAGGGAAGUUUAUGACACAUAGAUUUGGAGAAGUUACUCCAAACUUGUUAUGUACAUGCUUGAGGAACGCUGCAAUGUGAAACAGAGGACAUUUUUACUAUUUAUGAACUUUUGAUUAAUAAAGUUAAUGUUGUGUCUGGGACACCUGUAAGAAUAUGUGAUUCUGGUAAAGAUUUGAUGUUAGUAAGUUCAUAUAUCUGCAAAGAGCUGAAUGGUACUUAUGUUUAUAGUUGUUGUUACGACCUAAUAAAUGUUAUUAAAAUGAAUUAUUGUAAUACUUUA